GAUGCCGUGACGUAGCGCGUGCGGCUUAGUUUGACCAGCGCACUCACGACCGGUCGUCCGCGGCGACGGCGAGCUGCUCGGCGGUGUUUUGGGGAAAACAUCAGCGCGAGGGCGGCGGAGGGAGAGGAGGACGGACGGACGGGAGAGGGGCGUGAGGCUGUCACGAGCGCAGGACGGGGAGACGCCGCCAGCAUUCUGGUUAAUACUAAUUCACGCGCCCACCGUUAAGGCCUGAAGACUUAACACGGGGGGAGCAGAGAAGAGUGACAGGAGGCGACAUGGUGGAUUACUACAAUAUCCUUGGAGUGUCCAAAACGGCCUCUCAGGACGACAUCAAGAAGGCGUACAGGAAACUGGCACUAAAAUGGCAUCCAGACAAAAAUCCAGACAACAAAGAGGAGGCAGAGAAAAAGUUCAAAGAGGUAGCUGAGGCCUAUGAAGUCCUGUCUGACAAGAGUAAACGUGAUGCAUAUGACAGAUAUGGAAAUGACAGAAUGCGACACACAGGUUCGUCCAGCUCAGACUUUUCAUCAGAUUUCCCAGGAUUUACCUUCACAUUCCGCAGUCCAGACGAGGUGUUCAGGGAUUUUUUUGGUGGGCAGGAUCCCUUUGCCAAUUUCUUUGACGACUUUUCAACGUUUGGUGGCUCGUCUUCUCGCCUCGGGCCCAGUCGGUUCUUCUCCUUCCCAUCGGCUGGAGUUGAAUUUACAUCCUUCUCCUCUUCCGUGGGUGGUCUGGAUGGAAUGGGAGGUAUGGGUGGAGGGAUGAGCAACUUCAAAUCAGUUUCUACUUCUACUCGCAUCAUAAAUGGAAAACGCACCACCACCAAGAAGAUAAAGGAGAAUGGGCAAGAAAGAAUAGAGAUUGAGGAAGAUGGUGUGUUGAAGAGUGUUCUUAUUAAUGGUGUGGAAGAUGAAAUGGCCCUCGCUUUGGAGUUGAGCCGACGAGAGGAACAGUCACAUCGCACGCCGCAGAAGCCACAGAUCCAAAGUCGAUUAGCUCCCGAGUUCGACAGGUCCCGGUCGAGCCCAUACGCUUCAACCACGCAUCGCUCGUUCAGCUCGGCUCCCUGCUACCACUACGAAGGCAACGCGGGAGGCAGUGAGGAUGAUGAGGAAGACGAAGACCUGCAGAUGGCUUUGGCAUGCAGUCUGUCAGAAAUGGAAGCAAAGCAGAGAGCGAAUGCUGCCGACUACAUUUCAGACUCAGACUUCGAGGCCUUCACAAGCUAACCCUAUUGGCUCAUGCUGCUCCGUGCUGCCCUGCCUUCAGGUCAAUUCCCAUGAUGCACUUGUCUCUUUCUGCCCACAAUGGCUUCUACCUGCUGAAUAUCAAACAAACAUAAAAUAUAUGUUUUUAUGUACUAUA